AUGCCAGAGCCCGGCUGCAUCUCUCUCCGAGCACAGACACGCAGCAUCGGGAUCGUUUGACAGCAUUCGAGGGCAAAAUCAGCUCGCAACUCGUCCUGUAGCCUUGCGCCGCCGACACGGUGAACUACCAUGGACUGACGAAAGAGAGAGGAGGGGGAGAGGGGGAGAGAGAGCCAGAGAGAGAGAGGGAGGGAGAGAGAAAACGCCGCCUUGUUUUUGAAGCAUGCACAUAUUUUCUGGACGCAAGCAACUCGGGUUUAUAUUUGCAGAACGGGACGGAUCGUGUGACCACAUCGCCUUCGAGAGGGGAGAUGCCACAGCAAAGCAGUGAUAGAAGGAGGAUGCUUCGCCAAAAGCGGUCAGUGCAGUGCAUCUUCUGUAGGAUGUACGAGACAUAUUGGGACUAAGGAAUUGGCCACUUCUCACGUUGCGGAGGAGAGAUGUUUUGCAAGUGCCGUAGGCUGUGCGAGAGGGUGAAAGCCUCCCCUGGCGUCUUUUCUCUGCUGUAAUGUGCGGUGCAAAUGACGGGAGAGCGUCCACAGUGUUUGCUCGGAUAGUGAAGCCCGUAAACGUUUAAGCGUUGCCUGCUGGGGGGAGCAGAGCGCCGUGGCCGUCAGCAUCCUCUCCCACCUUGAACUUCCUUGUGAUGCCGAUGCCCCGGUCCGAGGUGAGCGCAGCCUCCUGAGCUGUCCGUGGUGCUGAACGGAUAAGUCGGCGCCUCAGGUCUCCACGAGCUGACCCCCCACGCUCCCUGACAGACUGACACCCUCCUCCACACACAGUACGGUGGCAAGACAGGCCACCCCACAUGGACAACUAUUUGGCUUGGCUGCGUCAGCUAAAUAAUAUUCUCUUUCAUGGCUGUGGCACGCAAAAUCAAAACUUUGCUGACCGUCAACAUUCUGGUUUUUGUCGGGAUUAUCCUGUUCUCGGUCUACUGCAGGAUUCAGGACCGCUCCGAGGAGCUCAUCCAGAUAGGGCGGAUUUCUGAACAGAGACUGCGAGCCAGAAAUGGCAAAGUUACCAACUUGGUGGACAGGCAGUCUAUUCUCCAGAGGCUGGAGAGGCUGGAGGAUGUGGUCUACAAUCAGUUGAACGGCUUGGCUAAGCCCAUGGGGCUGGUGGAGGGACCUGGAGGCCUCGGCCAGGGGGGAGCUGCUGCCACUCUGGGCGAGGACAGUCGUGACGCCGAGGGGAAGUACGAGGAGUACGGCUACAACGCCCAGCUCAGUGACCGCAUCUCCCUGGACAGGAGCAUCCCUGAUUACAGGCCCAAAAAGUGUAAGCAGCUGACGUACCCAGAGGACCUUCCUCAGAUCUCUGUGGUCUUCAUCUUCGUAAACGAGGCGCUGUCGGUCAUCCUGCGCUCGGUCCACAGCGUGGUCAACCACACGCCAGCGCACCUCCUCAAGGAGAUCAUCCUGGUGGACGACAACAGCGACAGCGUGGAGCUGAAGUUCAACCUGGACCAGUAUGUGAACAAGCGCUACCCGGGCCUGGUGAAGAUCGUGAGGAACAGCAAAAGGGAGGGCCUGAUCCGAGCAAGGAUACAUGGCUGGAACGCUGCCACAGCUCCUGUUGUGGGCUUCUUUGAUGCCCAUGUCGAGUUUAACACUGGCUGGGCUGAACCUAUUCUGACCAGGAUGAAGGAGGAUCACACCCGCAUCAUUCUCCCCGCCAUAGACAACAUCAAGUACAACACGUUUGAGGUGCAGCAGUACGCCAACGCUGCCCAUGGCUACAACUGGGGGCUGUGGUGCAUGUACAUCAUCCCCCCUCAGGAGUGGCUGGACAAGGGCGAUGAGACAGCCCCUAUCAGAACGCCGGCUAUGAUUGGCUGCUCCUUCGUGGUUGAUCGGGAAUACUUUGGGGAGAUCGGUCUGCUGGAUCCCGGCAUGGAGGUGUACGGAGGCGAGAACAUCGAGCUCGGCAUGCGGGUGUGGCAGUGUGGAGGGAGUAUGGAGGUGUUGCCAUGUGCCAGAGUGGCCCACAUCGAGCGCACCAAGAAGCCCUACAACAAUGACAUUGAUUACUACGCUAAGCGCAAUGCCCUGCGGGCGGCUGAGGUGUGGAUGGAUGAAUACAAAUCCCACGUCUACAUGGCCUGGAACAUUCCCAUGAACAACCCGGGGGUUGACUUCGGGGACGUGUCGGAGCGUGUGGCCUUGAGGAAGAGGCUGCAGUGUCGGAGUUUCCGCUGGUACCUGGAGCAUGUCUACCCUGAGAUGCGCAUCUACAACAACACCAUCACAUACGGCGAGGUGAGGAACAGCAAGGCCAGUGGGUACUGCCUGGACCAGGGCUCUGAGGACGAUGACAGAGCCAUCCUCUACCCCUGCCAUGGCAUGUCCUCCCAGCUCGCCCGCUAUUCUACCGAGGGCCUUCUCCAGUUAGGGCCCCUGGGGUCGACCACCUUCCUGCCGGACACAAAAUGCCUCGUGGAUGAUGGCAGAGGGCGUACUCCCAGCCUGAAAAAAUGUGAUGCUGUGUCAAGGAUUUCCCAGAGGCUGUGGGACUUCACACAGAACGGUCCAAUCAUCAGCAGGGAUACUGGCCGAUGCCUGGAAGUUGAAAUGUCCAAAGACGCCAACUUUGGCCUUCGCCUGGUGGUGCAGAGGUGCUCCGGUCAGAAGUGGAUGAUACGAAACUGGAUUAAGCAUCCCAGGCACUGAAGCCAGAUAAUAAACCCUGAAAGAGUUCGGGCCGUGUUUCAAGUCACAGUUGGAUCGCAAACUGUGGACAGCUCAGAAAGCAGGACUGGUGGAGUCAGUGCGUGGUAUUUCACACCACAGACUGCUGUGCACGCUGAACUCCCCUCAGGCCAGACAGCUUUCCAGCACUGAGUCUUAAGGAAGAAUAUGAUGAAUUCAUGUGUUCCACCGAGCUGUGCAUUCAGAGACCUUACGGCAAGCUGCUCUGUUUGAAAUGUCCUUCAUUUCUUACACCCAGCUCUAUGUAUAGAACAGAGUAAAAAGACACCUGAGUGCAGUCCCUGAAGGUGGUUCAUGAUCGCUAUAGCAAUGCCCUUGUUUCUACUGUAAAACAAUCAUUCUGUUAUUUGCAGAUGAAAUGGAGUGCGUGUUUUUUUUUGUUUUUUUUUUCUUCUCUGAAUGCAUCUGAGCAAAUCAAAUGAUGAAAUUGCUAUCAAUUGCCACAUCAACAUGUAAUUAUUUUGACUGUGGAAAAUUGGAGAAAUUGCUUUGGACAUUUUUUAUUACCCUGGUAAGAAAUGUAAUAGGCGUCACAGGGACUGCACAUCAUUCGAUCAGGAUGCAUUUCACCUGCAGUCACACAAACCGCUACGGUUCUUUGUUUCUUUGGACUGUAUUGCUCACUGACAGGGGCAAUCAUGUGCCUUUUUCCUCAUCUUUUUGCUUCAUCUGACCAGGGAAUGUCAGUCCCAAAAGCAUGUACAAAAUGAUUUGAAAGUGAUUAAUAUAUAAAACAAUGUAUAAUACAGUCUAAUGAUAGUAAUAUAUUGUAAAAAGCAAAAAAUUGGUAUCUGUCCUCUGAUAACGAUUAGGAUAAUAAAAUCAUUUUUAUGAUGAGCCGCC